GUAACAAUGCGCAUCGCCUCUCUCAGUCUGUCAGUUGACUAUGCAACGAACCCAGCCUUUAGCAGAAGUGUACCGAUUAAACAGGCUUUCAUAAAUGCUUGUGUAGGAGAAAAUGGACCGGAGCAAAUAUUAAUGGAUCUUUAUUGGCCAAAUGUUAUGCUAACCCGUGCAUUUGAGGCAAUUAAAGAUGAAGAAAUACAAUUAAUAAGUUACAAUCAAAGCGCGGAACGAAUUGGAAAGGAAUUGCUAAAAAGAGGCUUGCCGGGAAAACACAAGAAUCUGAAGUCAUUGGGAACGAUUAUAUAUUACGUGUAUGGUGCAAUUGGAUCUUUAAUUACAAAGGAAGGAUUCAGUGGAUUUGUUUUUCUAUUUAAUAAGGCGUGGACUUGGUCGGGAAGCUGGAUCGACUUUGGGUUGUUCUCCCAUUCAUCUAAUACUAUAUCAGGAUAUGAGAAAUUAGAGUACGGAGUAAACAAUUUACUUUCCGCGUAUCGAUACAAUUUGUUUCUUUUUGUUUAA